UAACUCAGCUGAAGGGUUUUUUCGGUGGUGCGCUUCAGUCUUAAACAUUCAAAUACAUAUAAGACGUUACUAACUCGUCUCUCGAUCCAUACUCAACGUAAUGUACUGUAGAAACUUUGAAUGGUUCGCGGUUUAAAAGGAUCACAACAACAAAAUCAUGCAUAAUCCACAUUUGUUUUGCUGUCGUUCAAACGAAGAUGAAAAAAAAAACAACGAAAUAAGCAAAAGGAUUAAAUAUCAAUAGUUUUCAAAAAGGGGGACAAAAAUGUCCGUUAAAUUUGAAUUGGUUUGACCGGACGAUAUGGAACGUAUUUUAAGUCGCAUUGAGAGAAAGAGAGCGACUAAAUUUCGAACAAUUCACAAAGCUCGGUGUUAAAUUUGCUGCAUCCAAUGCAGUUAUCUAAUGGCUUAAAGUUGGAGAUUUGUUCGUCUUAAAUUGAUAAAAGUUUGAACGAAAAUCAAAUUGGAAAAGUUUAAAAGCUGUUGAAAUGUUGAAAAGAAUGAACUGAAUUUCUCUAUUUAUCUCAAUCAGAUGAUGGUGGUGAUAAUGUGCAAUCGUGUUUUCAAACAGUGAACUUUGUGAUUUUGGUGUGAUUUCAAUUUCUCUCUCAAAACCGUUGAAAGUGAAAAUUUGUAAAAAUGAAUAACGAUUUCAAGAAUACGUUUAACAAUAAUAAUGGCGAAAAGCCGAUAAAUCGCUUUUUUGCCUUGUCCAAAAGUUCGCCGUUCCGACAACGACAACGACCAACCAAUUUAUUUUCAUCGCAAAACAUGAAUCAUAUCAAUAAUAAUCUUGAAAAUUCAACAAAUCGUCUGUCAUCAUCGAGUUCGGAAGAGGACAAUUCACCCACCAAUGAUAAUAAAAUGAAUAAUUGUCGAAAGUUUAUUGAUAAAGCACCACUUGUGAAGCGACUAUCAAAUAGUUUGCUUCGAAGUGGCGACGAGUACCGUCCAUUGUUAAACGACAACAACUUUUCAAGCGCCAGCAACUAUCUAUCAGCUUCAACAGCACAUAUAACAUCGAAAAUCGACAAUAUAACUGAUGAUUCACUUUGUGAUGCAGAUGAAUUGAUCGCUAGUAAAUUCGGCGAUUCGUGUCGCAAAUCAUUAACAUCGGUAUUGUUGGAUAAUCGACGAACCAAAGACUACUGUGAAUUUGAUUUCAAGCAAAACUUUUUGCGUGAAACAAGCAGCGCCAAUUCAAGCCCGAAAAUGUUUGCCUUUUCAACGAAACAGAAACGAAUACGUGGUCUUAGUAUAUUUGAGCAGACCGAAUUAAAAGACGCGCCAUGGUUUCAAAUUGGUGUGCCGCGUGAAAUUUCCUUGGAGGUGUUGCGUCGCAAGAAUCCGGGUGAAUUUUUGGUACGGGAAAGUAGCACAAAGCCAGGCUGUUUUGCAUUAUCAUUACGUGCUCCACCGCCAGCGCCUAAAGUUGUUCAUUAUCUGAUAUUACGAACACCACGUGGAUACAAAAUCAAAGGAUGUGCGAAGGAAUUCACUUCAUUAAAAGCACUGAUAACUCAUCAUUCGGUCAUGCCGGAGCAGUUGCCUUGUCCAUUGGCACUACCACGGCCGAAGCACCUGCCGACGGAACGACGAAAUUUAGACGACUAUGAAAUAUAUAGCUCGUUGAGUAAUUUUCAAAAUAUGAUGAUACCAAAGUUGGGUGAUGUUUGAACAUCGAACGCCAUUUAAAUACAUUAUAUCGUACACAUAGUCUGCACACAUUUUGGCGGUUUCAACUGUUAUUUUUUCAUAUCAAUUAGCAAUAAUUUGUCUUUGACGAUACCAAUUCUAUUUUUAUUAAUGUAAAUGGCAUAAAGUGCACCCAUUGUUCCAAGACUUUUUGACAAAGUCAAUUAUAUUAGUCAUUGUCAAAAGUUAGAGAAUAUUUUUAUAAUAUCUUCUUCACACAUGUUAAAUUCUGUAUU